UCCUGAUAUGGACAUUAAUCAUUGCCAUCGAUUGUCUGGACUGCGUUUGAAUUUCUUGCAUGGAUUAUUCCUUCAUUAAUACAGAUAUCACUAGCCCAAGCAUGCAAAGCACGCUAUCUUUCAUGCAUGAUGCAGCGUACCCAGAAACAGUCUCUUCCUUGGAGAGGAAAUCCGGCGUGGACCGCUCUGAGACUCGCGCCGAUCAAUCUCAGGAUAGACCUGGUACACUCGGUGUUCUUUCUAUCCCUUCCGAACUCAUACAUCACAUACUUAAAUACCUGGGGAAUGCAGACCUGGUGAACACCGCAAUCGUAUGCCCCGCUUUCCGAUCCAUUUCCCAGCGCGUGAUUUACAGGAACGUCCAACCUACCGAAGACAUGAUUAUACCAUGCCUCAAAUGUUUUGCAUCGUACCCGCAUCUUGCUUCCUGUGCUCGUACUCUGAUCUUGGCUGAUGCUACUCGACAUUAUGACGUAUUCUCCAAUUACUUCAACCUGCUGCGUAGCGCAUUGCUAAACGCUUCUUCGCUUACGGAUCUUACAAUUCUUCUCGACGGCCCCUACGCAAGAUAUUUGCAUGGGUGUUCAUUUCGACUUCGUUCUCUCACUACAACACUCGAUUGGGACAAGGACUUCAUCAAAUUAAUUACAGAGCAGACGGAACUGCGCAAUGCCAUGUUUGGCGGAAAAUUCGUGAAUGAUGUGUCUCCUGCGUCCCCUUUGGUACUGGCCGCAGUGGUUCCGAAUCGAAAAAUCAAGGAAGUGGAGCUCUACGACAUCCUUAAUACUGCAUCGAACAUCCUUUCCUAUUCUACCGGUCCAUUGACCGCACUGCAGCUCAUUACCCGCCUCAGCGACACACCGACAAUCGCAAAGAAUUUGCCCAGACUGAAUUCGUUUGCCUUCUACUCGAGCGAUGGAGUGGUCUCGCAGGAGCUUCUUGAGGCCUUUCCCGAAUUCCUCUCUUGCUUUGAAUGCCUCAAAUCGCUGACACUGAUGUCGCGAAAUAAAGUUGAUGCACUACAUGACAAAACUUUCACGGCCACCCUCGCGUCAAGGUGGCACACGUCAUGUCCCUCUUUGCAAAGUGUCUCACUUGCAGGGUCUAUAUGGUUGCAUAACACCCGGCAUGGUUGGGUGACGUUGGGUGAUCUUGAGCGUCUCUUGCGAGAACGGCAGGGGCUGCUUCUGUCCCGUCAGAGGCACUGGACAAAGGCGGACCCAAAAACGAUUUCACUGGAAGAGGUGAAGAGCAAUCUAGAGGAGAACAAUGAAGAUACAGAGCAAGGAAAUCAGAUGGAGCAGCAGAUGAUCGUGCUUCGUGACAGUCUCCUCCAGUUUGGUGGCCCUUGAUAGGCGAGAUCUUUAUGCUAGGCUACUUAUACAUUCCGACGUGGUAUACUGUGAUUGUAGGAUGAUUAAUCAAGUCUAAGUGAGGUAUGUUUUUGAUUGGACUAGAUUGGACAAAAUGUCGACAUCUGCAAUGUUGUUAUGGAGGACAAGUUGUGGCAAGUCCAUCAUCUCGUCAUAUGAUGCCGGCACCACAGACGUAAUUAAU